CACAGGCAGUCAUCAUUUUUUGUCAAUGUCAAGUUACAAUUUAUCGACUUAUAGUAAAAGAGUUCUCCAAGGAAAAAAGGUCGUACAAAAUAGAAAAUAAUGGAUCUCAACGUCAUUAAGGAAGAGCCAAUAGAAAAUCAGGUAUUGGCUUUUGAUCCAGAUGAAAUCAUUGUGAUCGAUGACGAAGAAAAUUACGACGAGAAUGAAGAUAACGCUUAUCCAGAAAUUAAGACUGAAACUGAUACGCCAAACAAUGAAAAUGUGCAAAUCAAUGGAAGUGCCAAAAAAAGUGCAAGAAUUUCGAAGCAACCGACAGCCCAAGUUGUGGAACGACGAACCGGAACAAUCAGCGUUGAAAAUUUUCGACGUCAUCAAAAUGCAGAGCAUACAGUUCCACUUCCGACCACAUUGUGUUUCAAGUCAAUUACGAACGAUACAGAUCAAACGGUUUCAGAAAUUGUGCACGAUACAGCUGGUUUUACACGCGUAAUGGUUUACGCGGCAAAUAGAGAUGAUCUCGCUAGAUCAAUGAAUCAAAUGGUGGUGAACGAUUUCAAAAUGGAUGAAGAAGCAGAACAAGCAAUUUCGGAUGAAGAUGCACCGGUCGUACCAGAACCACUUCGCAAUACUGGCUUCAUAAUACAGAACGCCGUACCACAACCUGGACCGAGUAAUGUGAAUCCGUUGUACUGCACAUUUUGUAAGUUUCAAUACGCCAGCAAGCGAUCAUUAUACAGCCACAACAAAACGCAAAAACAUAUUCUCAGUGUAGCAAUGCAAAAUAGAAAGAAAAACAACUGAAUUCGAAAAUGAUGAAU